AUGGAUAUAGCAACGCAACUGUUGGAAGUGAGUAAAAGAACCAAUGAAGUGGUUGACUCGCUGUAUGGCGGUAUAGUGCCGAACCUGGCGUUCAAUGCGGCGAUGUUAGCGAUUUGGAUCGUGUUGCUGGGUUGGCAUUCGUUGAUGAUCUGGUUCAAGCAGUAUUGGUUCUCGUCGGCGUUUGUGUGUGCAGCGAUCCUGGAAGUGCUCGGGUAUGCUGGAAGGGUGCAGGGGCAUUUCGACCCGUCUCUUGAGACUCCAUUCCUGAUGCAGCAGGUGUGUUUGACGAUUGCGCCGGUGUUCACGGCGGGCGGCGUGUACUACCAGCUGGCUAAGAUGAUCGAGAUUUACGGCCACAGAUUUUCGCUGCUGCCCUCCCCGAUGGCGUAUUCAUAUACAUUUAUCGGGUUUGACAUUGUGGCUCUGCUCGUUCAGGCAGCAGGCGGUGGUGUGGCCGCUAGCGCCUCGGACAGCGCUGGCAACAGACUGGGCGCCAACAUCUUUCUCGCGGGCUUGGGGCUGCAGGUUGCGGCGAUGGUUAUAUUCAUGAUGCUCAUGGGCCAUCUCUAUUAUAAGCUUUUUAUCCAGACCCGUCUGGAGCACAGCGGCCAGUCCAAGUUGAGCCUUAGCUUGUUGAAGAUCAGGCACACCGAGAUCGAUUAUCUUUACAGACAAAAGUUUAGCGACCUCAGGGUGCAUCCCGUCCGUUGGGUGUUCCAUUACUUCCCUCUUGCUAUGGUCGUCGCGGUUGUUACGGUCUUUGUUCGUUGCUGCUAUCGUCUUGCAGAACUGGCUGCGGGCUGGAACGGCUAUCUUAUGAGAAAUGAGAACUACUUCAUCAUUCUCGAUGCCCUGAUGAUCGCCCUCGGCACCGUGGCUUUAUCCAUAUUCCAUCCAGGGUUGGCAUUUCAAGGAAGACACCUCUCUAUUCCUAUCACUCGUGGGCGUGUCGAUCCAGAGACCGUUGAGAAACCGCUGCUAGAGCCGGAGAAAGAGGAAGUCUACAUUUACUCUGCUGAGCAAGCCUCGGGGCUACACAGGGCCUUUAUGGAACCAAAGAACAUCUUCAAGUGGUAUAGCCACAGACAGCGCUAA